AUGCCCGCCGGAGUCACUCCAACGGAGGACACACGUCGGGGCGCGGCUCUUCCUGCAGCACUCGGCUUCGGGUUCUGUCACUCGCGCCCUGCCUGGACCCGGCGCGCGGCGCGCCCGAGCGACUGCCUGGCGGCGGUGGCAACAAUGCACGGAACCUCCCGCGCUCCGGCCACAAGCGUCAACGCCGACUGCUGCAUCCCGGCGGGUUUGCGCCUCGGACCGGUGCCUGGCACCUUCAAACUGGGCAAAUACCUGUCAGAUCGCAGGGAGCCAGGGCCCAAGAAAAAGGUUCGAAUGGUGAGAGGGGAGCUGGUGGACGAGUUGGGGGGCUCCCCUCUGGAGUGGAUAGGGUUAAUCCGGGCAGCCAGGAAUCCCCAGGAACAGACUCUGGAAGCUAUUGCAGAUUUACCAGGAGGACAGAUCUUCUAUCGAGCAUUACGAGAUGUCCAGCCAGGGGAGGAGCUGACUGUGUGGUAUUCUAACUCCUUGGCUCAGUGGUUUGACAUCCCCACAACCGCGACUCCGACUCAUGAUGAGAAAGGGGAGGAGCGCUACAUUUGCUGGUACUGCUGGAGGACGUUUAGAUACCCCAACAGUCUCAAAGCACACCUGCGUUUCCACUGCGUUGUCAGUGGCGGCGGGACCCGCGCCUUCCUGCACCAGGAGCACGCGGUUCGCCCAGGCGCUGGCCCGGUGGAAGGCGUCGGCCUCUCUCCGAAAUCCGCUGCUUUGGACUUCAGCGUGCCGGCCCAGGCAGGCCAUUUGAGGCCCCAACUACAGGCCCCUCAGCUCUCCGAGGCCUGCGGGGCGCGGGAGAGCAUCAAGCGCGAAGCAGCCUCCGCGCCCCCGUCGCCCCUGGGCAAGUGGGGACCCCCCAAGAAGGGCAAGUCCCAGCCAGAGCGCGCCCUCGAUGUGAGCCGGGCAGCCCGACCACACAGCCACUUCCUCGGCUUCGUGGGCGACUCCUCAGCGAGGAGCGGCGGGCUGGCUUUCUACCCCGGCGUGCGCUCCGCUUUCAAACCCGCCGGCUCGGCCCUGGCGGUCUCGCAGGGCGACCCGUACGGAGAGGAGCGCGGCAGCAAGCCGGGGCCCGCCUUGGCCCUGGGCAAGCUGCUGGGCGGGGGUCUGGUGAGCGGGCGCCCCGGCAGUGGGGAGAGCCCGGCAGGCCACCACCACCCCAAGUGUCUGCUCGCGGGGGAGCCGCCGCCGCCAGGCCUGCAUUGCCCGGGGACCCUGCGCGGCUUUCCUCUGCUCCCAGGCCACCCGGAAGAGGCUUCGGCCUUUAAGCACGUGGAGCGCGCCCAGCCAGCCGCCGCGCGCUUCGCGCCGCUGCCCGCGCCGGGGCUGCCGCUGGAGCGCUGCGCACUGCAGUCCCUGGAUACAGGGCUGAAGGCCUACCCCGCGGGCGAGUGCAGCCACCUACCCGCCGUCAUGCCGGCCUUCACUGUGUACAACGGGGAACUACUCUACGGCUCGCCCCCCGCCGCCUAUUACCCGCUCAAGCUGCACUUCGGCGGGCUGCUCAAAUACCCAGAGACCAUCUCUUACUUAAGUGGGCAGGCGGCGGCCGAGCUGGGCUCCCUGGCCAGCAUAGACCGUGAGAUCGCCUUGCACACGCAGCAGCUGUCGGAGAUGGCUUCGGGGAAGGGCCGCGCUCGUCUGGACGCAGGGGCACUGCCUCCCACCGUGGUGGCGCCGGGUGCGGGGGGCGCCAGUGGGAGCACCGCGGCGGGCAAGCCCAAGACCGGCCACUUGUGCCUCUACUGCGGCAAGCUGUACUCGCGCAAGUACGGGCUCAAGAUCCACAUGCGGACGCACACGGGAUACAAGCCCCUCAAGUGCAAGGUGUGCCUGCGUCCCUUUGGCGACCCCAGCAACCUCAACAAGCAUAUCCGCCUGCACGCCGAGGGCAACACGCCCUACCGCUGUGAGUUCUGCGGCAAGGUGCUGGUGCGCCGCCGGGACCUGGAACGUCACGUCAAAUCUCGCCACCCGGGUCAGAUACUGCUCGCCAAGGCGGGUGACGUCCCGGGCGUGGAGCCGGGCUAUGCCCUGGAGCCCGGGGAUCCCGAGAGCGACGACAGUGACGUGGACGUCUGCUUCACGGAUGACCAGAGCGAUGCUGAGGCUGGGGGCUGCGGCGAGCGCGAGUCCUAA